UGAGAGAUAUUAAAUUUAGUAAUUAUAUAUUGCAAAUAACCUCUUGUAAAAAAAUGUCAGAAAUAAAUGAAAGCCCAGUUGAGAAUAUUUUCAAUGCAGCUGCAAAGCAUUUCCCAUCUCUUAUUUCUACACUUCCAAAAGAACGACUCCUCUUCUUUUACGCACGUUACAAGCAAGCUACGGAGGGCGACUGCAAUGUGGCCAAGCCCGGCUUCCUGGAUCAGAGUGGCCGUCGUAAGUGGGAGGCAUGGAAGAGUUUGCAGGGCACAAGUAAAGCAAAGGCCAUGGAGGAAUACAUCUGUGGUGUAAAGGAGCUAGACCCAGACUGGAGAGAGGAUGCCACAAAUACCUCAGGAUGGGCGCGGGUAAGCCGCAUGCCAGCACCAGAAGAUGCAACCAUCACAAAAUUUGUCGAGGCCGUACAGGAAAACCAAUUAGAUGUGCUCAAACAACUUGACCUUGCGACGGAAGUGCAAAAGCGCUUUGACGAGGGUAUGACAGGGUUGCACUGGGCGGCAGACAGAGGACACAGAGAUGUGGCAGAGCUGCUGCUGGACCGUGGCGCUGAUGUCAACGCCCAGGAUGAAGGCGGCCAAACACCUCUGCACUACGCUGCGUCGUGCGGCUACGAGGCCUUAGUUUGCUUGCUGCUCAGUCGAGGCGCGGACUCCACCAUACGUGACGUUGAUCAGCUGACGCCGCGUCAGGUGGCUGAUGACGCUGCCGUCGCAUCUUUGUUCCCACAGUGAAUUUACUAAUUUCAAGUAGUGUCGUAUUGCUAAUGGUCCUACAUAUUCGCGUGAUGAUAUAACAUUACAUUUCUGUCAACAACGGGCUUCUGUAUUAAACUGGUGUUAUUUGAAUAAACGUUCCAACUGUA